UACACAAAAUCGGUAGAACAAAAAAAAAUGGCAAACAUCUCAUCCUCUACGUUCAUAUUCUCCGCACUUUUUCUCAUCUCCACCGCGACGGCUGCCACAUUCGACAUCCUGAACCAAUGUAGUUACACCGUAUGGGCAGCUGCCAGCCCCGGAGGCGGCCGGCGUUUAAACUCCGGCCAGUCAUGGAGGCUAGAUGUUGCGGCCGGCACUAAAAUGGCGCGGAUUUGGGGUCGAACCAACUGUAACUUUGACGCCUCUGGCCGUGGCCGAUGCGAAACCGGUGAUUGUAGUGGUGGACUACAAUGCACCGGUUGGGGUCAGCCACCAAAUACGUUGGCUGAGUACGCUUUGAACCAGUUCAACAACUUAGACUUCUACGACAUCUCACUUGUUGAUGGAUUUAACAUUCCUAUGGAGUUUAGUCCAACGAGCUCCAACUGCCACAGGAUAGUAUGCACUGCGGACAUAAACGGACAGUGUCCAAACGUAUUGAGAGCCCCGGGUGGAUGCAACAACCCAUGCACGGUUUUUAAGACGAACCAAUACUGUUGUACCAACGGGCAGGGAUCAUGUAGCGACACUGAGUACUCAAGGUUCUUCAAACAGAGGUGUCCUGACGCCUACAGUUAUCCACAAGACGACCCGACCAGCACUUUCACUUGCACAAACACUAACUACAGGGUCGUGUUUUGUCCUAGGGGUAGGGUUGGUGCUACUGGGUCUCACCAGCUCCCGAUUCAGAUGGUCACUGAGGAGAAUUAAUAGAGUCGUAUCUAUUGUAUGUGUGUGUCAGUGUGUGAGUACGUAGAUAUGCGUACGCGUGUGAUCAUGUUUACGUGACUAUAGACAGAUCAACGCUUAAUGGAUAAUAAUGAAGGCAAUAAUAAUUACGUUGGUCGAUCCACGUAAAUGUUUGACUUA